AUGGGAAGCAUGAAGGUGCAUCAGUUGGCACGUGGAUUUUGGGAGCACGAACCCUCUCUCACCCUUGGUUGCAAGCGUUUACGCCCUCUUGCACCCAAACUGGCCAACACAGAUCAUAGCGUUACCUCUUUCGAUCUCAAGAGCUUCAUUAGACCUGAUAGCGGUCCUAGAAAGCUUGCCUCCUCUGACGAGAAGAAAGAUUCCCCUCAGGGGGAAACGCACCCGGGUGGGACACGGUGGAACCCAACGCAAGAGCAGAUAGGGAUACUAGAGAUGUUGUAUAGGGGAGGAAUGAGAACUCCUAACGGGCAACAAAUAGAAGAUAUCACUGCACAAUUAAGCAGAUACGGCAAGAUUGAAGGGAAGAAUGUUUUUUAUUGGUUCCAAAACCAUAAAGCCCGUGAGAGGCAAAAACAGAAGAGAAACAGCCUUGGUUUAAGCCAUAGUCCGAGAACCCCAGCUCCCAUUACCAUUAUAUCUUUGGAUUCUAGGGGAGAAGUGGAGAGAGAAGAGGAUAGUCCAUACAAAAGGAAGUGUAGAAGCUGGACAUUUGAGUGCUUGGAAUUAGAAGAAAGCAGGUCUUGUAGAGAGGAGGGAGAUAGAACUCUGGAGCUUUUCCCAUUGCACCCGGAAGGCAGAUGA